AAUUGAUUAAUGAAAAUAAAUAAAUAAAAAAUACAGAGCAUGUCUCUCAAGUCAAUAAUUGAAGGAAUGAGUGCAUGUAUUGUCUGCCAUAAGUCAAUGGCUUCGUGUGAUGGCCUUCUUACAAAUCAUUGAGGAAACUGUGUCGAAUAAGUCCUGAGUUCAUAUCUUCAUGGCAAGCACGUUGAAGAACAGGCCACCCACAUAGAAUUCCCGAGAAACAAACAAACACACUUCAUUAAUAAGCUAGACUUUCAAGUCGAAGCAACCGGCUGCCACUGCUACUAUACAACUCAUAUAUACAUUGCUUAAUUUCCCACCAAAAACUGUGCUAAAAAGUUAUGGCUUCAUCACGAACCAGAUCGCCUAAAAUCUGUAUCAGCAGGUCCGUGGCUCGCAUUCGUGUUCGUUCCCCGUCUCUUCGCGGCAAACCCAGUUCAUAUUCUGUCGACAAAGAUCAAAAGAUCGAGUUUUUGGGCAAUGGAAUGGAGGAUUUUGGUGGGGAGAAUGGGCUUGGAAAUGGGAACAAGGUCAUGGUGGUGGUCGAUUCAAGCCUUGAAGCUAAGGGUGCUCUUGAAUGGGCGCUGUCUCACACUGUUCAAAGCAAAGAUACCGUUAUUCUUAUGUAUGUUAGCAAGUCAUCCAAUUCCAAACAAGGUCCUGAGUGCAAUUUGAAGGUUAAAAGAGCUUACGAACUUCUUCACUCUAUGAAAAAUAUGUGUCAAAGGAAAAGACCUGGGGUGCAAGUAGAGGUAGCUAUACGUGAAGGGAAAGAGAAGGGACCAAUCAUAGUGGAAGAAGCAAAGAAACAGAGGGUGUCGCUGCUGGUCUUAGGGCAAAGAAAACGGUCGAUAAUGUGGCGGCUAAUGAAUCGGUGGACUGGAAAGAGGAAGGGUGGCGGAGCAGUGGAGUAUUGUAUCCAAAAUUCUUCAUGCAUGGCAAUUGCAGUGAGGAGGAAGGGCAAAAAGCUUGGAGGCUAUUUGAUUACCACCAAGCGGCAUAAAAAUUUUUGGCUUUUGGCUUAAGAUGUCUUCAUGAUGUUUAUUUUAUACGGAUAUGGGAAAAGAAUUUGUAAUGGAAGUUGCAAUGUUAUUCGCCCGGUGGAAUUGGAAAUGUUUGAUUUUUGAAAUGGGAAAAUGUAAAAGUCUCAAAUGCAAUAUCCGGGCAAUCAGAAACUAUCAUUAAUUUUUCAGAAAAAUCACUAUUUAAUUUCUGUUGUA